GAUGGCGGCGCCCUAGUGAGCAUGCCGGGGUAAGACGUGGAUGGCAGGAGUAUAAGUUUGUGAACUGAAUGUUUAUUUCUCCAUAACUAUACACCCGAUGCGAGCAGCUGUUUGUAGGAUCUGCCCUUUUGCUGCCCUUCUUUACAAGCAGAAACAGCAGCUCAUUGGAAGGGGAUUAAGUACCAAAAACAUGGAGGGGGCUGCUGUGACAGAGGGUCCCGGAGAGACGAUUAUCACCGAGGGAAAAGCCAAAGUCAUUUACCCCAGUGCAAACCAAGUAUUCUAUAACCCUGUGCAGGAGUUUAACAGAGACCUGACUUGUGCUGUGGUCACUGAAUUUGCUCGCAUGCAGCUUCAACAAAAAGGCAUUGACAUUGAGGUUCCUGGCGAGAGAAAGGAGCAGAAAGUGGUGGUGAAUUUAUCUGAUGCUGGGGAGGAGACGCCAAGUCCCGUUCCAGAGGUCGAUCCCACCCCUGCCACUCGUCCAGUUGCGCAUGUUGGGGAGUCCUGCCCUGACGGCCUGCGCGUUUUGGAGGGCCUGGCCGCCUCUGGUCUGCGCUCGAUCCGCUUUGCCCGUGAAGUUCCUGGGCUGCAGAGUAUUGUUGCCAAUGACUUCUCAUCAAGUGCCGUUGAACUUAUUAAAAGAAACAUAGAGUUUAAUGAUGUUGGAAACCUGGUUACUGCCAGCUUUAAUGAUGCCAGGUUACUGAUGUGUGCCAAGAGGGACUCGCGCGACCGGUUUGAUGUUAUAGAUCUGGAUCCCUAUGGAAGCCCAUCCAUGUUCCUCGAUGCUGCCGUGCAGAGCAUAAGCGAUGGAGGUCUGCUCUGUGUUACUUGCACGGACAUGGCGGUGAUGGCCGGAAACAGCGGCGAGACCUGUUACAGCAAAUACGGAGCCAUGUCUCUAAAGUCCAGAUUCUGUCAUGAAAUGGCGCUCCGCAUCCUCCUGCACAGCUUGGAUCUCCGCUCGAAUUGCUACCAGCGAUACAUCGUCCCGCUACUCAGCGUCUCUGCCGACUUCUACAUCCGCGUCUUCGUGCGCGUUUUCACGGGGCAAGCGACCGUCAAGCUUUCUGCCAGUAAACAAGCCAUGGUGUAUAACUGUGUGGGAUGCGGCACGUACCAUCUGCAGCGACUGGGGAAGGCAGUCAGCCACGGAAACAAUAUGAAGUUCUCUGCCGGAACCGGCCCUCCGGUGGGGAUGAGCUGCGAGUUCUGCCAACAGAGGCAUCAGAUUGGGGGCCCUCUCUGGGCCGAGCCGCUCCAUGACACAGACUUCGUGCAGCGUGUUAUUUCUGCUGUAGAACGAAAUCCAAAGAGAUUCAAGACUUCGGAGAGAAUUCAGGGAAUGCUGAGCAUGGCGACAGAGGAGCUGAGAGAUGUCCCGUUAUACUACACCUUGGAUAACAUAAGCAGUGUGGUUCGCUGUAGCACCCCUUCACUGCUGCAGUUCCGCUCUGCUCUGCUGCAUGCAGGUUACAGGGUCUCCCUGUCUCACGCUUGUAAGAACGCGGUGAAAACAGAUGCCCCGCCAUCGGUGGUCUGGGAUAUAAUGAGGUGCUGGGAAAAGCAGAACCCUGUGAAGAGGGAAAAACUAUCAGCAACAAGUCCAGCUUUCCAUAUUCUAAGCAAAGAACCCAGCGUCCAGGCGUGUUUCGAUGUGCGAGACGACGCCAAUCCAAAAUCUCGAAAAAUGGGUUUAAAGAGAUUUCAGGAAAAUCCAGAGGCUAACUGGGGCCCCAAAGCAAGAGCUAAAGCAGGGGGACACGUUUCUGCGUCACUGGAGGAAAGGCGAAAACAGCACCAGAACAAGAGGAAGACGCCUGCGGGCUCUGAUAACGGCCAGCUUAAAAACUUCCCCUGCAAGAAGUUCAGACAGGGUUCCUGCGACAUGGGAGACGGCUGCAGAUACUCUCACAGCGAGUGUGAGCAAAGGGCGGAUGCCCAGGACGGCGGUCCUCCGCUACCGGAUGAAGCAGCCCCCCAGUAGCGGCACGGGGGGGAUAGUCUGGCUGCAUCUGUGCUGUUUUAAAGGGACAAGAAGCUCCGGAAUAGUAUAAAUUCUCUAUUGUAAAUA